GCAAAGCUCCAUGACCACCGCAGCAUACCAUUUUUCGAGUCGAUCUCGUCGAUGAUAGAACAGGAGGCCAUCUCCCGCGUGUUCUUCUCCAUCCACGAAACUAUUGACUUUGAUGCCUCCGAGGUCGAGGGACGCACUGUGAUCUGCUCGGGUGUCGAUCAGGAAGUAGACAGGCUGCGCUCUGAAUACUCCAAUCUCGAGCAGCUCCUGUCGCAAAUCGCCCGCGAGAUGACCGAUCGUUUGGAUCUGUGGCCGACCCCAUGCAUCAACGUCGUAUACUUUCCGCAACAUAAGUGCGAGUCACUCAUGUCCCACACGCAGCUGGGCUAUCUGAUUGCGAUAGCGUCAGCGUCCUCGGGGACAGUCGACGGUCAAGUCGAGUCACUUCUGACGCUAGAACUGCUGUUCGAGACAGAGGCUUUCCGAUACUACAAGAAUCCAAGAAUGCGAGAGCUCGACGACUCUGUCGGAGAUCUGCACUCCAUGAUUGUCGAUUCCGAGCUCCGCGUCGUCCAGGCUCUACAAGACGGCAUUCUUGUGCACAAGCACACGAUGCGCGAGGCUCUCGAAGCACUCUCCGAGCUUGACUGCGCCAUGUCCCUGGCAGAGGCUGCACAGCGAUACGGAUACAUCCGGCCUGAGCUUAGCAGCGACCCUGUGCUCGUCGUCCACAACGGUCGCCAUCCGCUGCUGGAGCAGUCCGUCGGCACUUUUGUGAGCAACAGCACGAUCUUGGACGCUUCCGGUGGCAGACCUGCGUCUGCACCUGUAAUGCUGCUCAUGGGUGCCAACUUUUCAGGAAAGAGUGUCUACAUGAGCCAGAUUGGAUUGAUCACAUUCAUGGCACACAUCGGAAGCUUUGUUCCAGCAGACGCUGCUCUCAUUGGCAUCACCGACAAAAUCUUGACACGGAUGGAGACUAGGGAGAGCCAAAGUCGAAACUGCAGUUCGUUUCUCCUGGAUGCCUACCAGGCUUUGCAGUGCCUGAGGCUCUCGACACAUAGAUCCUUGAUCCUCAUCGACGAGUUUGGAAAGGGCACCUUGACCACCGAUGGGGCCGGACUCUUUUGUGGAAUAUUGAAGCACCUGACACAACGAGCCCAAAGCUGUCCACGGGCGGUGGCCAUCACCCACUUUCACGAAAUCAUGUCCAAGAACCUACUUUCAAGCGAAAUCAGCCUCGGCUCUGUCAGCUGCCAUCACAUGCACAUCAUGCAGAACCCGACUCGGACAACCGAAGGAAUCGUUUAUCUGUACAAAGUCACACCCGGCCCUCCUUUGUCAUCUUGCGGAAUUCACUGCGCCAAGUUGGCCGGUCUUCCAGGCAGCGUCACGGAUCGUGGUAUGAGCGACUCAGCUGCCUCAUGCAUCGCACUCCGCUGAUGACGCGCCUCUUCCAGCCCAAUCCGUCGCAGAUUCCCUGGCCGCAGGAGCAUGCUUGGUUCCGCGGUCAGACCGAGUUGGAUACGACCCAGAAUCAAUCCGGCUCGCACUUGAUGCUUUCAGAACGAUCGAUCUGGACCAAAGUGACUUGACCGCUCUAUGGGAUCAAAUUUGACACCGACACUCGCUCAGGGUGUCGUGGAAACACAGUCAUACCCCCAAUUGUGCAUCGUACACUCCCUGAGCUCAUUCAUCUCGAGUGAUAUUGCCGAGGACCGCAUUCAUGUUGCUGCACACACACACAAUGAUCACGUGGGCUUGUGAACCCACCGAUCUCCUCAAAAAAGCCGUCCUGCAGCGCCAUUCCGCCCCUUCUCGUUUCUGC